AUGCACGCACUCAUCCACUGGACCCGACGGAACCGUCGGGCAUCCUUAGUGCUGACCAUCAUAAUCGUGAUACUCCUGCAAGCGACACCAUGGAAGAGUGGAGACGAGAUGGAUACCGUGCCGACCAUCACAGCAACCACGGUUAUCCCCAGCACUCCCGCAACACUCAACUUCACUCCGCCCUUCCACACGCAAGGCCGGCAUAUCCUCGACGCCGAGGGUAUCCCCCUCAAACUCGCCAGUCUCAACUGGUACGGCGCCAGUGACACCGACUAUGUCCCCGGUGGACUGGAGGUGCAGCAUCGGGACACGAUCGCGGCGUUAAUCCGGGGUCUAGGCUUUAACAGUGUGCGACUGCCGUACGCCGACGAGAUCGUCGUCAAGAACCCCGUGAUCGGGCGGGAUGUCAUCGCCGCAAAUCUAGAUCUCUUCGAUCCCGCGGGUGUAUGUGAUGCGCCGGUCCGUGCCCUCGAUGUGUUCCAUGCCGUGGUCGAAAGCCUCACGGCGGCGGGCGACCUGGUGUUGCGGGAUCAACCCAUGCGAUCUGAGCUGGAAGAACGACUGGUUCGGGGGGCCCUUCUGUGCACGGUAUCGCAGAGCGAAGAGCGCUGGAUACGCAACUGGGAGACGGUGAUGGCGCCGCUGGUGUCGAACCCGCUGGUGCUCGGGGCGGAUCUACGCAACGAGGUGCGCGGGCUUUGGGGUACGAUGCACUGGGACGAAUGGGCGGAUGCCGCUGAACGGGCUUCUGAGCGGUUGUUAGCGAUGAACCCGGACUGGCUCAUGUUCGUGGAGGGGAUCUCGUCGGCGAACGAUCUGUCCGGCGUGCGGACUCGUCCUGUGCAGCUCAGCAUGCCGGGGCGAGUGGUGUACUCUGCGCAUGUGUAUAAGUGGUCUGGCUGGGGUAGUCUGAAGCCGUUUUCAUCCCGGAGUUAUGAGGAUUUUGCGGCGACGAUGUGGAAGAACUGGGGGUAUUUGUUGAUGGAGGAGGUCGCCCCGGUGUGGGUGGGCGAGUUUGGCACUCCCGAUAUGCCCAGUGGGGGUGACCAGAACUACUGGGGUCAUCUGAUGCGAUAUCUGCGCGGGGUGGAUGCCAGUUGGGGGUAUUGGGCGCUGAAUGCUCGCAAGGCCACGGGGGAGUGGGAGAGUUAUGGGCUGGUUGGGGAUGGCUGGGAUUGGGCCAGUGUCCGGAGGGACUAUCGGCUGAACGAUUUGCAACGCCUCGGGUUGAUUGAGGGUGUGGAAUAA